AUUGUUUGUCAUGGGUUUGAUUUUCAACUUUUCCAAGUAGUGAAACAAAACCGUUAUCGACAAUGGCAGCCUUGCCAUGGUACAAAAUAUUUCUUGCAGCAGGAAUGCUCAUCACCGGAUCAAUCAAUACUUUGUCAAAGAAAGCUCAAAACGACUGCUCGGCAAAAGGCUUGAAGGAUAUGAGUGGCAAUGCUUAUCAUAGUUUUGACCAUCCUUGGUUUCAAACACUGAUUAUGUUCUGUGGUGAAACACUGUGCCUCAUUGGCUUGAUUUAUCACAGGAGGAAGGUCAGAAUGGCUGCACAGGAGGAAAUGCUUGUUGAUCCACUUGGUGCGCCUCAAACUUCAGAAGUAUCUUCAAACCAAAGGGUCUGCCAGCUGAUAUUCAUGCUCCCAACAGUUUGUGACUUGUUUGGUACUACACUUUCAGGCAUUGGUCUGCUCUAUGUUGAUGCUUCAAUUUGGCAGAUGCUAAGAGGAUCAAUUAUUGUUUUUACAGGGGUUUUUUCAAAAAUAUUUCUGAAGAGAGAUUUGAAAGCUACUCAUUGGAUUGGAAUGGGAACUGCCAUGCUAGGCCUUCUUCUUGUUGGCCUUUCAACAAUUUUACGGCAAAAUCAUACAGUGUCUCAGUGGCAUACAAUUUUAGGAGUUAUUCUGAUAGUUAGCAGUCAGAUAGUGAGUGCCACCCAGAUGGUUAUCGAGGAAACCUUUCUAAAGAAACGGAAUUUUCAUCCAUUGCAUGUUGUUGGUAUGGAAGGUUUUUAUGGCAUAAUUUUCAUGGUGGCUCUUGUCCUGCCAGUUGUUUACUUCAUUCCUGGAAAUCAACAUCAUAAUAGCUAUGAAAACAGCAUCGAUGCUUUGAUCAUGAUUCGGAAUAAUCCAAAAUUAGCAGUAUUUUGUGUGCUUUACCUUGCUUCAAUUGCAUUCUACAAUUUCUUUGGCCUAAGUGUUACAAAAUCAUUGACAGCUGUACACAGAACUUUGUUGGAUGCUUGUCGAACUCUUGUUGUAUGGGUAGUCAGUUUGUUUAUCUACUAUGCCAUUGACGAGACAUUUGGGGAAGUGUGGAACAAGACCUAUGGAAUGUUCCAAGUUGAUGGAUUCAUGCUGUUACUAAUUGGUACUGCUAUGUACAACCAGCUGAUAGACCUGUCAUGGAUACGCUGUUUUCGUCAAUCAUCAUCAUACCCAGUGAUUCAAGCACCAGAUUAUCAGAUUGAAAAAGAUGAGAGAAGAUCUUUACUUUCAACGAAAAGUUACAGCGCUUAUGAUUCACCCAGUCCUCAAGUUAUAUGACAUAUGAAGGAAAAUAUCUCAAAAUUUUUUAUUCUAUGAGAUGUAAAUGAAUAUGCGUAGAAGUAUUUUGAACAGUUAAUAUUGUACAGAUGCAAGAGAGAGUUAGUCGAGUUUGAUUUAUUAAUUGUAAUUUCACAUUCAAACAGAAAAGUUUAGCUGACAAUAUGUUUUAUCUCAUGAAAGGGGGAAAAGUCUUCAUAAAGACCUUUAGUUAAUAUUUAUAAAACACUUAAUUCGAAUUGAGAUUUUAGUAUUCUUCAAAAGCAGCACUAACUUUGCUUGGAACUACAAAUUGUAGUCUGCUAGUAUAAUCUUCCUGGCUGUGCACAAUACUGCCUGUGGGUACCUGACAUUACUACACAAUGAUUGUAGUAUGCAGAAAACGGGAAGCCCAAAAACAUCAUUUCUUACAAAAGGAGUUUUCUAUUGAUUCAGUUCAAUUUUUUAAUUUUAUGAAACAGUUUUAUUACUGUAUUCUUUUUAUUUUUGAUUGUAAAAUGUAAAGCAAAACAUUUUUCAAGUUUUCAGAA